GCUUCUCACUGUAGUGGUUAUCGAUAGGAGUCUUAUCGAAUUAAAAUUUGUUGCGUAGCGAAUGUCAGUUUCGGCAAAAGAAGAUAGUAAACAAAAUGGCGCGUAAUGCAGAGAAAGCUAUGACAACUUUGGCACGUUGGCGAGCCGCCAAAGAAGUGGAGUCCGGGGAAAAGGAACGCCGGCCUUACUUGGCCUCAGAAUGUCACGACUUACCUCGAUGCGAAAAGUUCCGCUUGGAAAUUAUACGGGAAAUAUCGAAAAAGGUGGCCCAGAUUCAAAAUGCUGGCUUGGGUGAAUUCCGAAUCCGCGAUCUCAACGAUGAAAUUAACAAGUUGCUGCGUGAAAAGCGCCACUGGGAAAAUCAGAUAUCUUCGCUAGGAGGUCCCCACUACAGACGUUAUGGCCCUAAGAUGUUUGAUGCGGAGGGUCGUGAAGUGCCUGGCAAUCGAGGUUAUAAAUACUUUGGGGCAGCAAAAGAUUUACCAGGCGUUCGAGAGCUAUUUGAACAGGAUCCUCCUCCGCCACCCAGGAAGUCCCGCGCCGAACUCAUGAAGGACAUAGACGCAGAGUACUAUGGCUACCGUGAUGACGAAGAUGGAGUUCUGAUUCCGUUGGAGGAACGCAUCGAACGGGCUGCCAUCCAAAAGGCUGUGCAAGAAUGGCGCGAAAAAAUGGCCAGAGAUGGUCGCAUAAUCGAUGACGACGAGGAAGAGGACGAAAUAUAUCCUCUAUCGGGACCCGCACGAGAGGCCAUUGAGGACGCCAAGGCUCGAGCUGCUGUGGAGGAUCCGCAUGGCCUGCUGGCGCCCAAGUUCACUGCCCAUGUGCCCGUGCCCACGCAACAGGAUGUGCAGGAAGCACUUCUGCGCAAGAGGAAACAGGAACUCCUGGAGAAAUACGGCGGUGGCGCCAACUGAACUCAAUAAACAUUCAAAACUUUUAGAUCGAA